GGAUCGCGCGGGAAAGAAGCGUCAAUGGCGUCCAGUGUCUCGGCGGGAUCACACUCCUUUCCGGCCUUUGUACGCUCCACACGCGCAACCCCGUCACCCUCGUUUGUUGCCUCCGAACGUUACUAACAGUUGACCACGAUGUCCGAGUCGCCGGUAAAAGCUGCCGAGACCAGUGCCAGCCCUAAGAGCUCGCCGUCUAAGAAAGAGAUUGAUACAGCAACUCAAGCUUUAAAUCACUUUGCUCAGGGCAAGAGACACUUAGUUGUUGGUGACAUAUCUUCUGCAGUUAAUUCUUUGCAGGAGGCAUGUAGACUCCUAGCAGAGCAAUACGGUGAAACUGCUCCAGAGUGUGGUGAUGCUUAUUUCUACUAUGGCCGAGCAUUGCUUGAAAUGGCACGCAUGGAGAAUGGAGUCUUAGGAAAUGCUUUGGAUGGAGUUCCUGAUGGAGAAGACAUGGACAAUUCCCAGGUAGAAAAUCCUGAGAAAAUGACAGAGGAUGAGAAGAACGAGGUAACAGAACAGGUUGGGAAAGCACUGGAAGAGAAUUUUAAAGAUCUUGAGGAUGUGUCAAAAAGUAAAUCAGCAAAGCAGAAUGGAGAUGCAAAGGCAGUGGAGUCUUCAGGUGCUGAGGAGGCUAAAAUGGAUGUAGAUUCAGCUGGAGUGUCAGAUUCCAAAGGUGAAGAUGGAGGGGAGAAGAAAGAAAAAGUAAAGUCAGAUGGGGAGGAAAAGAGUAAACCAGAAACCUCGGACACUGAUGGCACCGCCACUUCCAAAGUAGAGGCUAGCUCGGUAGAUAGUGAGAAUGUAGACGAGGAAAGCAAGCCUGAGAAAAAGGAAGUGGAUACCAAAGAUGGUUCCAAAGAUGAGGCAAAGGAAUCGGAGGUGGUGAUGGAGGAGAAGGUCGAGGCUGAUGAGGAAGAAGGUAAAGCGACUGAGAAGGGAGAGGGAGAGAAGCAAAAGGUAUCGGGAGAAACUAAAGAUGAAAAGGGAAAGGAAGAUGCCAAAAUUGAAGAGAAAGUAGAAUCUGAAGCAAAGGAAGAGGAAAUGGAAACUGAUGGCGCUGAGAAGAAGGAAGGCAGUACAGAAGGAGAGGAGGAAGAGGAAGGUGAUGCUGAAGGUGAAGGUGAAGGAGAGGGAGAAGAAUCUCAAGAAGAAUCACAAGAUGAGGGUGAAAAAGAGGAAGGUGCCAGCCAAGAAGAAGGGGAAAAGACUGAAGAGGAUGAGGAAGAAGUAUCAAACUUGCAGCUCUCUUGGGAGAUGUUGGAGUUGGCAAAGGUCAUCUACCAAAAGCAACAGGAUGACAAUCCAGAGAUGGCCAAGAAAGUUGCCCAAGUAUACCUGAAACUUGGAGAAGUAGGCUUGGAGAGCGAAAAUUAUUCACAGGGUAUUGAGGAUUUCAAACAGUGUCUGCAAAUACAGGAGAAGAUUCUUGAGGAAGACAACAGGUGUUUGGCAGAAACCCAUUACCAGCUUGGUGUAGCACACUCCUUCUCGGAUGACUUUGACAAAGCAAUUGAAAGCUUUACAGCAGCAAUGAAGGUUAUUGAAAUGAGAAUUGCUAACCUUGAAAAACGGAUAAAGGAAAAGAAAGAAUGGACAGAAGAGCAAAGAAAGAAAGAUGCUGCAGAGAGACCUGAUCCAUUCUACACUGAGGAAGGCGAGAUUGAAGAAUUGAACAAAUUGUUACCAGAGAUGAAGGAAAAGGUUACAGAUAUGGAGGAAAUGAAGAAAGACAGUAAGGAUAGACUCCAGAAAGCAGCAAAGCUGCCUCUUGAUCCUGUGGAAGCAUUCAUGGCAAAUGCAAUUGGUGGCACUUCCAAGGCUGGUUCUUCAUCACAAACUGGAUUUGAUGCACCUUCAAGUUCUACAUCUGUAGUCCCCACAGAAAUUAAGGCUUCCAACAUAACUCAUCUUGUAAGAAAGAAGCAGAGGAAACCAGAGGAUGAGGUUGAGGGAGAAGAGGUAAAAAAGGCAAAAGGUGAGAAUGGGGAAGCACAUGGAACUGCUAAUGGAACUACAAAUGGCACCAAUGGGCACACUGAAACCAUGGAAACGGAGGAAAAGGAUACCCCUUCAAAUGGGGCAAGCACUGAAGAAUUAAAGGAGAAAGCAGCUGAAGAGAUGAAGAAAACAACAGAUUUGAUCACUGGGAAAACUGAGGCGGCAUCCUAGAUGCCUGUAUAAUGCCUUUAAAACACUGCCAGUUAUUGGACUAAGAACUUUUGUAUUUUAUUGUAAUGGAAGCCAUUUUAUUACCAGUGAACUGUGUUUUAAGAUUUAAAAAAUAAUUUAUUAAAAAUGAAAUGUACAA